AUGAGCGCCAACAAGGAUUUCGAAGCAACCACGGCCAUCCGUGCUAAUAGCUCCGACUAUGCCUCCAACGGCCAUGGAUCUACUGAGCACGGCCAGCCCGAACUCACUGACAACGAGGCCGGCACGGCAGCAGGCAAGAAGACGUGGUCUGAACGCCUCGCCUUCUUCAGGACCAAGGAGUUCUGGUUCAUCCUGUUCCUCGGCCAAUUCCUCGCCGUCUGCAUCACCGGCACCAACACCAUGUCUAGCUUGCUAGCCGAAGAGGGCACGUCCAUCCCGGCCUUCCAAUCCUUCUUCAAUUACGUCCUGCUCAAUCUGGUCUACACCUCCUGGACUAUCCACCGUUACGGCUUCAAGGGCUGGAGCAAGAUGGUGUGGAAGGACGGCUGGAAGUACAUCAUCCUAGCCUUUUUCGACGUCGAGGGCAACUACUUCACUGUACUAGCCUAUCGCUACACCACCAUUAUGAGCGCCCAACUCAUCAACUUCUGGGCUAUCGUCGUUGUGGUCAUUCUCUCCUUCUUCUUCCUCAAGGUCCGCUACCACUGGGCGCAGAUCAUCGGGAUCAUCGUCUGCAUUGGCGGCGUUGGCGUCCUGAUCGGCUCCGACCACAUCAAGGGCUCUACGAUUGGCGGCAUAUCCGUUGGCAACCAGGUUAAGGGGGAUCUCUUCGCCCUUUUGGGCGCCUCCUGCUACGGCCUCACCAAUGUCUACGAGGAGUGGUUUGUCUCCGGCCGUCCCCUCUACGAGGUCAUUGGCCAGCUGGGCUUCUGGGCCAUGAUCAUCUCCGGUGUGCAGGCCGCCAUCUUCGACCGCGGCUCGUUCCAGUCUGCGACAUGGAACGGCGACGUCGCCGGCUAUCUCGUCGGCUUCACUCUCAUCCUGUUCAUCUUCUACACUCUGGUCCCGGUUCUCUACCGCUUCGCCAGCGCCGCCUUCAUGAACAUCUCCCUUCUAACCGGCAACUUCUGGGGCGCCAUCAUCGGCAUCCGCGUCUUCGGCUUGUCCGUGCACUGGAUGUACCCCAUCGCCUUUGUGCUGAUCAUGGUGGGCCAGUUCGUGUAUUACUUGGGGAAAGGCAUCUUGGGCGAGGCCAAGAAAGCCUGGUUGGGAGAAGACCAGGCAAAGGGCAUUGAUGGCUUCGGGAGCGCCAAGCGCAAAAUGCGCAAGAUGCAGGGCGUCCAGCGUGGCGACGAGGGCGUCGAGGGCGCCGGCGUUGUCUGA